GUAUCGAUGGGUGAAGAACGGAAAAAAAUUCGAAUGGCAAACGUACGAUGACCGGAUGUCCCAACAGCCAGGUCGCGGUACCCUAGUUAUCAAAUCGCCACGUGAUGAAGAUCUCGGCCAGUACCAGUGUUUUGCUGAGAACGAACAUGGAACGGCCACGUCCAAUUCAGUGUUUGUUCGUAAGGCCGAACUGAACUCCUUUAAGGACGAAACGGCCAAAACGGUUGAAGUGGACGAGGGAAAGCCCUUCAAGAUGCAGUGUCAACCUCCAGACGGUUGGCCACGACCGAAUGUGUACUGGUUGAUCCAGAACAUGGAUGGCGGUAUUAGUUCGAUUAACAACUCCCGAAUGACUUUGGAUCCAGAAGGUAACCUGUGGUUUUCGAACGUGACCCGUUCCGAUCAGUCCGAUGACUUUUACUAUGCUUGUGCCGCUUCCUCAUUGUUCCGAAAUGAGUACAAAAUUGGCAAUCGGGUAUUGCUACAGGUAAAGCAGACAGGAAUAUCUGCCGCUCAAAAUAAGCAUGCUCCCCUUAGGCAAUACGUGUCCCGUAAAAACGAAGUAGCAUUGCGAGGCAAGAAAAUUGAAAUGUUCUGUAUCUAUGGAGGAACUCCUCUUCCACAGGUGGUUUGGACCAAAGAUGGUAAACCGAUACAAUGGAACGAUAAGAUUCAACAGAAUAAUUACGGAAAAUCGCUUGUAAUUCGACACGCCACCUUUGAAGAUCAAGGAGAAUAUACUUGUGAAUCAUCAAACGGUGUUGGUAGUGCUGAAUCCUACUCUAUUCGUUUGGAGGUUCAAGCUAUUCCAUAUUUCACGGUUGAACCAGAAAUUGUCAAUGCCGCAGAAGACGAAACCGCUGAGUUCCGAUGUGAAGCUUCAGGUUUCCCAAAACCAAACAUUGUUUGGAUUCACAACGGUAAACCCAUCGAUCAGAGUCCAAAUAAUCCCCGAAGAAUUGUUAGCACAAACAGAAUAUAUUUCACAAAGCUCGAGAAAGGAGAUACCGGCAAUUAUGGUUGUAACGCAACAAACUCACUUGGUUACGUGUACAAAGAUGUUUAUCUUAAUGUUCUGGCCUUGGCUCCAGAGAUCACUGAACCUCCGAAAUUAGAAUACACCGUUGAUCGAAGAAAUGUGACUAUGACAUGUCGUGUUUUCGGAGCUCCCAAGCCUCAAGUUAAAUGGAUCCGGAACGAUCGGGAACUAACUGGAGGCAGAUAUCAUAUCUUGGAAAGUGGAGAUUUGCUAAUAAAGGGUGUUGAAUUUUCGGACGCCGGCGAGUACACUUGUAACGCGGUGAAUAAACUUGGCGAAAAGUCUGCCAGCGGAGAACUAGUCGUAAAACAGCAUACGAAAAUUAUCGACGAACCACAGGACUACGAGGUGGUGGCAGGGACUCCAGCUACUUUCCGCUGUAAUGCUGUUGCGGAUUCAUCUUUAGACUUAUCGAUAGAGUGGUUGACCGAUGGUGUGACUAUUGAUUUUGAUAAUCAGCCCCGGUUUGUCAAAACAAACGAUUACUCGCUAACGAUUACAAAAACUAUCGAAUUAGACACGGGAGUCUACUCUUGCCUUGCUCGUACAGAUCUUGACGAAGUAGUUGCUAAUGCAACUUUGACUGUCUAUGACAGACCAAAUGCACCAUCUUUAGUAGGAAUUGAAUGUCAUCAAGCUGUAGCAACGAUCUCUUGGACACCAAAUGGCGACAACAGAUCACCUAUUCUGUACUACACAAUUGAGUUCAACACUUCAUUCACUCCGGAUACCUGGGAAAUCUCAUCGAAGGAUGUUCCGGCUACCGACUUUACUUAUAGCGUAGAUAUGAGCCCCUGGGCCAACUAUACAUUCAGAGUGAUUGCAGUUAACAAGGUGGGUCCCUCAACGCCAUCGGGGCACAGUGAUAUUUGUACAACUCAGCCAAGCGUUCCCUUCAAGAAUCCGGAUAACGUAGAAGGUCAGGGAACUGAACCGAAUAAUCUAGUCAUUAAAUGGACACCUAUGUCCGAAAUAGAACACAACGCUCCCCGAUUCCAGUAUAGAAUCUACUGGCAGCUAGAUACCGGAGUGGAUAACUGGAACACCGAGGAUAUUUUCGACUGGCGACAAUCUGAGCUGCUGGUACGGGAUCAACCCACAUUCCAGCGUUAUCGAAUCAAAGUUGUAGCAAUCAAUGAACUCGGCGAAGCCAAUGUUGCGGCUAAGGAAGUUAUUGGAUAUUCUGGAGAAGAUAAGCCCCUGGAGGCUCCUCAGAACUUUACGCUCAUUCAAGUAACGGCUCCAACAUCUGCUAUUCUCAGUUGGAACCCCGUUUCCGAGGAAAGUGUUCGAGGCCACUUCAAGGGUUAUAAAAUACAAACGUGGGUCGAGUCCGAUGGCGAACAAAACUUGCGAGAAGUUCUGGUGACGGCAGAUUCCAAACAAGCUCUGGUAACAGAUUUUGUUCCUGACUCGACCAAUUUUGCUCGCAUACUGGCUUACAACGGUCGGUUUAACGGACCUGCCAGCACUACAUUAUCGUUUGAAACGCCCGAAGGUGUUCCGAACAGUAUUCAAACACUCGAAGCCAUACCACUUGGGUCUUCUGCUUUCUUGCUCAAAUGGAAGCCCCCACUACAGCCAAACGGUAAACUGACCGGUUAUAAGAUCUACUACGAGGAGGUGAAAGGGACAUCUUUUGGACCUAGGAUGGAACGUGAACCUCACAUUCACGAUAAGCGCGUGACGGAAGCCAAACUAGGUAAACUGAAACCCGCAACCAAGUACCGAGUCCACGUGGUGGGCACAACCAAAGCAGGAGAGGGACGAGACUACUACAUUGAACAAAAAUCGGCAGCGAGUGGCACCAACCAACCGGAUGCGCCAUACUUCAGCUGGGAUCUUCUACCGACCGAUAAUGGUCGCGCUGAUGUCAAAGUUAUUUGGCACCCGAAUCUGGAAGGCAAACCAGGCUCACACUUCUUCGUCAAAUAUCGCAUCAAGGGCGAGUCCCAGUGGCUGACGACAGAUCCGGUGCUGUACGAAAAUCACCAUGUUGUUCACGGGUUGGAACCGGAUAGCAGCUACGAGUUCCGAGUGGUCUCCGUCGACGGCGAAUUCCAGGCAGAGUCUCUAUCGCAGAAGGUUGAUACUGCAGAAAUGGAUGGUCCUAUCAAGAUCCCCAAUGAUAAUGUGGCUACGGCUGGUUGGUUCAUCGGUAUGAUGCUAGCGAUAGCGUUCUUGAUUUUGCUCCUGAUCAUCAUUUGUAUUAUCAAACGGAAUCGUGGUGGCAAAUACGAUGUUCACGACCGAGAGUUAGCAAACGGUCGAAAUGACUACACGGAAGAAGGUGGUUUUCCAGAAUACUCCCAACCGUAAGUAUACGAGCAAUUACUACUACUGUAGAUUUUGGCAUGACUUGACCUUAAAUGAAACCUAACUUUCUCUCCUUCCGUUUCGAGGAAAAGUAAAGUAAUGAACGCAAGAGCAAGCCGUAUUGCAAGACAUAUGUGGCGUUUCACAAACUAACACUCAUAGUCAUAGUACAUGUUCAUAACCAUUCCCCACCUCACUAGAAGUAUGUGACGUUGUGAUUAUGUUUUUCAUCUUCAUCGUAUGUUGAUUUUUCGUUGAAAAAAUAACGAAAUAAGAUCUUUUAGAUAAAGUAUAUAAAGACAAUAAGGCCGGAACAUAUAUCAAUUCCUUUUUUUGUCACCCCCCCCCCCCCCCCUUCGAAAUUUCCAAAAUACCCGAAGUAGAAAGUAAAUUAGAUUUGCAGUAUUUUAUAGCAAUGUCGAAAAAAAUAUCAAAUAUCGGAAAGAUUACAAGAGCAAAAAACAAAUUAGGGAAGAUGAGAGUUUUAUAAUCAUUUGUAUUCUUCAUUUUAUUGAAUUUUUCGAUAAAAAACUAUGCAAUGAUAUAGUAUGCAAUUUUUUUGCAUACAAGCUUUCAUGCAAUUUAUUACAAGUUUAGAAUCGCACACCCCACUUCCCUCCAAGAUGUUCCUAAUCCAAGUGACAAAAGAAGGAUUUGAAAUUUGUUACGGCCUAAUUUAAAAAAAAAAUCACAUCGUUACAUAUUUUUUUAAAUAAACCAUAAUUCAUCUUAUGUGUUAACCUAGUAUUCCGAAUCCAAUCCUAUCUUGUUUGCAGUUUUGGGUGUGAUUUUCAUAGCUGAUAUUGUUUGUUCCAAACAAUUUGAAAAGAUUCUUGUCCCUGAAAUAACAUCGAAGUUAUUAUGUGUUAUGUUUUGUAUUUUCCUAACUCACAAGAUUUUUUCAAUUUCUGAUGAAGAGCUAGUCUAGUUUUCAAAGCUAAGAUUUGAACUAUCACGCUCAUCCUUUUUUCUGUUAACCAAUACUCUAGAAUUCAGUUUUGAAUAACAAUUAAAAGAAUAUAAUAUCCCUAACUCCCUCAAUACCGGCACUAGCGCUGCCUCCUGAAGAAACGCCUUGAGUGUAUUCCUCUUUGCCCUCCAUAUGAAAGGAUAUAAUUUUCAACUAGUCUCCUAAAUAAAAGCAACUGCGAACGAAAGGAAAAGGAUACGGAAAUGGGUAAGCUUGGUGUAGCCCUUCAACUGUGUCUAUCGCCACAUACCUACCUAUAUGAUGAUCGAAAGUUUAGAAGGUUGAUUACCUACUAGCGUUAGGUGAUUUUUAAAAGGUUAAGUAAGGAAAUGGAUAGCUGAUGUUAACUCAAAAUAAACUUUUAGCUCUUUUCCAUUCAUUAAACGAUUACUUUUACAGUUUAUCAUCCUCUAUCCCAUCCUUUCUUUCGACUUAUCUUUAAUUUCCA